UGCCGAAAUCCCUUGCUGGCCUGGCCCAGCCAUGACGCACCCAUUUUUUCAACAGUCACCGUUGAAUUCGCCCCCCUUCAACUUUUCAACCCAAUUUUUUCGCUGCCGAACCCGGAGCCGAGAUGAGACCGAUUGACCAAUCUUUGACGGCGGUGAUCCGAGUCUUGGCUCCUCCGGACGCUGGUAUCCGCUCUCAACGUCGGAUUGCCUCACGAAAAGUUUUCAUGCGCUGGUUCAUUUACUCAUAGUUUCAGCCUCGAGUCAUUUUGAACUUUCCUAGUCAUUUGGCCAUAACCUACCUUGAUAUCAUUUCUAUCGAAUCCCACUCACUUUGUUUCAAGUGAUCGACUGGUCAGAGUUGCAGCAUGAGGGGCGACCAGGAAACAAUCAAGGCCGAAAAGGCUCUUCACGACCAGACGAACAUAUUACCUCUGAGGAAACUCCUAGUCGUCUUUGCAACUCUUGCAGUCACUUUGUUAGUCUCAUUCAUCGACCAAAAUGGCAUCAGUAUCACCUUGCCGACGAUUGCUGCGGACCUCAACGCGGAGGAUACGAUAUCAUGGGCGGGUACGUCAUCGCUCAUCGCCAACACGACAUUUCAGAUGCUCUACGGGCGCUUUUCAGAUAUUUUCGGCCGAAAAGCUGUCUUUUUGAUUGCCAUCGGCCUUUUGUCUAUCGCAGACUUGCUCUGUGGGCUUUCUCAAAAUGCGACAAUGUUUUACAUCUUCCGUGGUAUUGCGGGCAUCGGCGGAGGCGGUAUCACAAACCUAGCAAUGAUUAUUGUCUCUGAUGUUGUUACUCUUGAACAACGAGGAAAAUACCAAGGAAUCUUGGGCUCAAUGGUUGGGCUAGGAAAUGUUCUGGGACCUUUUCUUGCUGCCGCUUUUGUAGAGAGGGCAACAUGGAGAGCGUUCUUUUGGAUGCUCUCACCCCUCGGUGUUAUUGUUGGUGUUAUCUCAUACUUCUUCCUGCCAUCGAAGCCACCAGAUGAAGAUUUCAUGAAAAGUGUCAAGAAGAUCGACUAUGCAGGCUCAUUCACCUCGUCGGCCGGCGUCAUCUUAUUGCUUAUCCCGAUUUCUGGAGGUGGCGCAUAUUUCCCAUGGAACUCAGCGAUGGUGAUCAGUAUGUUGACAAUUGGGGCACUUGCUCUUGUGUCUUUUGUCAUUGUGGAAUGGAAAUUUGCCAAGCUUCCGAUGAUGCCAGUCCCCAUUUUCAAGAACAAAGUUGUGGUUGUCCUCCUGGCACAAUCGUUUCUGUUUGGGGCAGCGUACCAGGGAUAUCUCUACUACAUCCCUCUGUAUUUACAGAACGCACAUCAGUUCUCUGUCAUUCAUUCGGCGGGUAUCUACGUCUCCCUCGUCGUUUGUCAGUCUGUGUUCUCGAUCAUCUCGGGUCAGUACAUAUCUCGAACCAAGCGUUACGGAGAAGUUAUUUGGGCAGGCUUUGGCCUCUGGACACUAGGAGCAGGUCUCACUCUCAUUUUUGACCGGAACACCAAGCCUGGAAUCAUCGUCAUUCCUCUGCUUAUCAUUGGCAUUGGUGUCGGCUUCAUUUUCCAGCCGACCUUGGUGGCCCUCCAGGCGCAUUCCAUAAAGUCUCGCCGGGCAGUCAUCACUUCGAAUCGCAACUUCUUCCGAUGUGCUGGCGGGGCCUGCGGACUAGCAGUUUCCGCGGCAGUUCUUCAGGCAACACUGCGAGCAAACUUGCCUGCGGGCUUCAAGGACCUUGCCAGCAGUACUUAUUCAAUACCGCAACUGAACGAGCAAGAUAUGUCUGCAGUGCUAGACGCAUACAUGGCGGCGAGUCGGGCCGUCUUUAUUCUUCAAAUACCUUUGAUCGGACUCUGCUUGGUGGGCUGUCUGUUGAUCAAAGACAGAGGCCUACAUCCGAUUGACGAGCCGAAACCAGACGAUACAUCCAGCGAGAGUCGGGAUGAAGAAAUGGGACACUCGAGUCAGAAGAACUCACACGAUGGCAACCACGACAGUGAUGGGCAAGUGCUGGCGAAUGGCACUAGUGCACCGCAGGAUCAAGUUGGGAGGAAGUGAGACUACAAGACUGAGGGGGAAAUAUGAAGUCGAGAUGAGAUGUAGACUUAUAGAUCAUGACUAAUGUGAAAAUGAUAGACUAGUACUUAAUAGACGGAGGAUCGGAGGUGAACAUCGAAAUAUGCGUCGGUUAUCAAAACUUUCCACUGAUUGGACGCCUCUGAACGACGCAAGGUGGUUGUGG